GCAGGCUACCUCAGCCUGGUGGAGGUUGGAGCACAUGCACGCUGGAGCUGAUACUGGGGCUCCAGACACAGCAGCAAGCAAAAUGCACCCAGCAGAUGGAGGCUCUUGGUUCCAGCCAAUCCCAGCACAGUAGGUAUGGUUAACCACACUUCAGUGACUGAGAACCCGGAGCACAGAGAAAAGGUGCCGGCUUUGUGAAAGAGAAGCUGGAAUUAAAAUUGACUUACGUGCCACUUGUCACAUGCAGGCGGCCUUAUGAAUGUGAGAUGAGAAGCUGUCUGCGCUCUUUGUUUUACAAAUGAAGAAAUCCGGCACAUUGAAACAGCGAAAGAAACACGGGUACUGUGGGCUGAAUUAUGCCUCCCAUAAAGUUCACGCUUCGAAGUUCUAACCCUGUCUGUGAUGCUGUUGGGAGUUUGCGAGGCCAGCACACAACACGAAGCCCUCCCAGGAUCACCCACUUCUCUGCGCCCUGCCCUCACCUGCCUCUGCUCCUAAUUCCCUCACUGCUGCCGUUCAGCCCCGACACCGGCAGGGACACUGAGUGAGUUCACGGUGAGCUAGCUACCCAGGCAAGCUCCAAACCCAGCAUAUUCCACAAGAAACAGCUCUUCCUGGGAAUCAAGCACAGGCAACUUUCAUGCCCCUUAGACUGCCCUGUAACUCACUGACGUCAGAGCUGAUCUCAGCAGUAGAAGCCGCUAAAGAACUCAAUGUGCUGAGAAAACAGCCUUGGUGCAGGGUGGAUCAGCUUGAGGGUGAGCUCGAAAACCAGCCUGCUAGAGAAGAGGUCAACCCUGGCCUUAGAAAACCUGAAGAAUCAGAGAUCUGUUCAACACCAUGGACACAGCUUGGUGCUGUGCUAUUUCUACAGAAGUCUGAUCAGCUCUUUAGUAGCUCGUAAUUGCUUCUUCUGUCUCUUUGUCUGAAUCACUGUCCUUGGAGAUAUGAUUGUGAAAUGCAAGAAUCCCAGAUCAACAACAUAAGCCAUGCACUCCCUGCAUAUUCAAGCAUGUCCGGUCAUUUCUGAAAGAUGGAAAGUCAUUGAUAAACAUUUCUGAUACUAAAACCAAAGACCUGAAAGUGUCUCCAGAGCACAGUCGUCUUCACGGAUUCGUUACUAAGACAGAAGUUUCACCUCAGCCUUAGAUCUGUCAGCACUUAUCAUUUCAAUUAUCCCUGACCUCUCUGAGCAACUCCUGGGUGGAGACCAUAAUGAGAAGGCAGAUAAAAGUGUCAAAAGAGCAGAGGUUAUAAAAGAAGUUGUGAGAGACCUGAAACAGGAGAAGCCCGCUGGCAGACGUCUACAGGUGUGAGGCAUCAGCAGCUGCUCCCAAGGACCAACAGAGAGGACAUUAACCCCAAGGAACCACAUAGCAAACUGCAGAAGAGUCAGGGAAGAAAUAACCAGUAACACAAGGUGACUAAAAAAGUGUUUUGAGCAGGAAAUGGCAUGCACUGGAUGAUGAACAACAAAGGAGGACCAGUUAUGAGGUUAUUGGAUCAUUCUACCCAGCGAUGAUGACGGUGGCAUGGUGCAGUGGAGGCAUCCAGAUACAUUUUCAACAUAGAGCUGAGUGACCACGUCUGAAGUACAAGAGGAAAAGAGGAAUUCAACAUGACUACAUUUUGCUCUGAACAAGUCUGCGGCACCUCACACCGCCAGGAUUUUGGAGGAUUUGACAUCCAGUUCAGAUCCCUGCUGCCCAGCACUCCAAGGCAGUUGUCUCCAAUGUAUCCAUGGAUCUUUUGGGGAGCAGGGUAUCUCAAGACCCUUUCAGAGGACCUGGAAGGUUAUUUUCAUAAAAUACCGUGCGACUUCAGGAGGACAGAGGUGGCCUGCUUGGAAGAGGACUGCCCAUCACGGUCCCUCAAUGAACCCGAGAACAAGUGACUGAAAGAGCCCAGCCUGUCCCAGAGCUCAGAAGCAGACCCAGCCCGGACACCUCUACCACGCCACCCGCGCCCUGCCAGCAUGGCCAACCAGCUGUCUGAGGAGCAAAUCGCUGAGUUCAAGGAGGCCUUCUCUCUGUUUGACAAGGACGGCGAUGGCUGCAUCACCACCCAGGAGCUGGGCACUGUCAUGCGGUCCCUGGGCCAGAAUCCCACAGAGGCUGAGCUCCAGGGCAUGGUGAAUGAGAUCGAUCGGGAUGGAAACGGCACGGUGGACUUCCCAGAGUUCCUGAGCAUGAUGGCCCGGAAGAUGAAAGACACGGACAGCGAGGAGGAGAUCCGGGAGGCCUUCCGCGUGUUCGACAAGGACGGCAACGGCUAUGUGAGCGCUACCGAGUUGCGGCAUGUGAUGACCAGGCUGGGGGAGAAGCUGAGUGAUGAGGAAGUGGAGGAGAUGAUCCGGACUGCAGACACGGACGGAGACGGGCAGGUGAACUAUGAGGAGUUUGUCCGCAUGCUGGUGUCCAAGUGAGGCUCGAGCGGGUCUGCUGUGCCCUUUCCACCUGGCUGGGCAGGGGCCGCCUUGUGCUACAACAAGAACCUCACUGGUUCUCUUCCAUUCUCCUCAAUGGUUUCUCCUCCAUUCCCAGCUUCCUCGGGGUGCUGCUGUUUCUCCAGCAAAGUGGGUUCAAACCCACCUUUCUACAUCUCACCUUUUGCAUCUCUUUUUCUGCCACCUGCCCGCCUGCUCUUCUUGCAUAACGCAGAACACUGUCACGCUGAGAAACUGUACCUCUUCCACGGUGCAGGGCUAGACCCGGGGGGAGCUGCCUCUGCACGGACAAAGGGCCAAAGGACCUGUAACGGCUUCACUUACUGCAGUACAUCAGGACAGGUCCAGUGGCAGCUCAGAGCCUCUUGUGCAAGCACAGAACCGGGGGAAACGGAGGCCUCAGUGCCUGCCAGAAUUCCUGGGGCUUCUCGGACCGAAGACUCCGCCUGCUGUCACAUUUGAACGACAUCUUGGCCUUGGAAUGGGGGAUGCUGAUAAAAAGUGACCACUGAGGUCAGGCCAGCUAAAAAUCAUCUCUUCCUUCCACACAGCACUUGCUUGCUCCAGUCUGUCUUUGCUAAAUCUCUGUGAUUCAUCUUUUGAAGCUGCGAGUAAAACUGGGGUCAGUUGUAACAUGUUUGUAUUCACGUAGGAGAGAAAUCUGAAUGAAAGGGAAAAUGCAGGGAAAUAAAUGAGACACUGGCAUUCUUA